AUGUCGAGAGGUCUCGACGAGGGCAUUAUAUCGACGACUGUCGCGCAAAAAUCCUUUAUCCGUGAAUUCGACAUUCGUGCCAGCUAUCUCGACUCAUCUCAACAAGCCAAUCGUCUCUCGAAUAUCACGUCUAUGGUCCAUAUUGGAAGUAUUCCCGGAGCCCUUAUCGCCUUUUUCCUCUGUGAACGAAUUGGACUGCUGUGGUCGAUGCGACAGCUUUGCCUGCUUUGGAUGACUGGUGUCAUUAUUGUUAUAACUGCCUCUGGGAAUUUGGGGCAGGUGUACGCGGGCCGCUGCAUAAUGGGACUUGGAAUUGGACAGGCGGGUGUUGUGGCACCAACAUACCUUGCGGAGAUUGCACCUGCUCAUGCUCGAGGUAUGCUUGUUAGCAUGUUUGCCAUGUCUGAAUACGUUGGGAUCAUGAUUGGGUAUUUUUCUGCUUUGGGGGCUUCGUUGCAUAUCUCGAAUGAUAGUGCCAAACAGUGGAUCAUUCCACAGAGUAUACAAAUCAUUGUUGCAGGCAUUUUGUUCCUGUCGUCAUUUUUGUGCGAAGAGAGUCCUCGAUAUUUGUGCAAGAUCGGAGAUUGGCAUAAAGCGAAGGAAGCACUGGGAAGUUUAUGGAGCCUACCUGCAUUACACCCUGAUAUCAUGACUGUGAUUGAAGGAAUUCAAGAUGAACUUGAGACAGACCAGAAUCAGACUAUGAGACAAUCCUGGUUCAAAUCUAUCAUGGAACUUUUGACCAUCAAGUCAAACCAGCAAAGCCUACUUUUUGUGGUUUCGGCACAGAUUCUUGCCCAGUGGUCUGGAGCAAAUUCCAUCACCACAUAUGCACCCGAGUUAUUCUCCCUCUUUGGUAUCAAUGGCCAAUCAGAGAAACUGUUCAUAACAGCAGUCUUUGGCGCAGCCAAAUUCAUUGCAUCUUUAAUAUGUGCUGUCCUCUUGAUCGACCAUAUUGGACGAAAGCGAUCAUUGGUAUCCGGAAUUCUUGUACAGGAGGUUGCAAUGUUAUAUGUUGCAAUCUAUCUCACAGUCGAGUCAUUUUCCUCCAGUGAUGAGUCAGGAUCUGUUAAAAACGCAGCUAUUGUGGCAAUUGUCUUCAUCUAUUUUGUUGGAAUUGGUUGGGCAAUAGGAUGGAAUUCUAUUCAGUAUAUCAUCAACGCUGAGGUUUUCCCAUUGCGUGUUCGGACUACUGGAUCCAGUCUUUUGAUGUGUCUUCACUAUGCCAAUCGGUAUGGUAUUUCCAAGGUGUGUUUACCGACUUAA